AUGCUGGCUCAUUUCAUCAGCACCAAGAUCAUACCGGCGGGGAAGACUCGGCUGACCGUGUACGCCGACAACUGCUCAGGGCAGAACAAAAACAACUACGUGAUCAAGUUUCUAUUGGCGCAAGUACACAUGGGAGCUCUACAGCACGUGGACUACAAGUUCUUUGUCAAAAGGCACACGAAGAACUCCUGUGACCGUGGUUUCGGCCACAUCCGCAAGCACGUGGCCAAAGUGGAUUGUUGGACGAUGGACCAUCUCGUAGAGGCUGUUAGUUCGGCGUCCAAGAGCUCAAUCACGGUGCAUCUGCCUCGCGGGAGCUCAGCGUUCAAGUCCUACAAACCUAUUCUCACCGAAUUGUACAAACGACUUGACGGCAUCCAGAAGUUCCAGAUUUUCACGAUGGACGCAUCGCAGCCGGGCGUCGUUGUCUGCAAGAAAGGCCCCGAGAGCGAACUUGUAGAGAUUAGUUUGAGCCGUCGAUUUGACGGGAUCUUCACCACGAAGGAGAAGGUGCAGCGGAUGAUGACGGACCAUAUCGAGACGCUGUCCCCUCCUGUCCGCAACACCGAGAAAAUUGCGCAGAUGUACCACAACAUCAAGCCCUACGUUCCUGCUGAAUUUCAGAGCGAUCCCCUCUACGCCAAGCCUAGCGAGCAGGAAGGAGAAGAUGCCAAGUCACGGAAACAAGCACGACGUGAGCAUCGCGCGGCAAUGGCCGUGGCGGCUAAGGCUAACCAAGACCAGCGUGGUAUCACGGAGGCUGUUGCGACGAAAAAUAACCCAGCAAAGAAGAGGGCUACUGCAGCAAAGAAGACGCAAAAGAACAAGAAGCACAAAGCUACUGCGGAUCUGCCUGCUGAGCAAGAAUAG